AAAUGACUGCUUUAACUGACAUUAACCUAUUUUUGUCAUUAUAUAAAAAAUUUAUUGUUUUAACUCCAAAAUAAAACUUUAUAAUGUUUAGAUUAGUACCUAUAAGGGCAUUCAAACAAAUUGGAAGACUUCCUUUUCGAAGUUUGAGUUUAAGUACCAAAGUAUUUAAAGAAAAUAUUGAAGAUACAGGACCGAUAAAAUAUUCUACAAGUCCCGCUAGCAAAUACUCUGCUAAAUCUACUAGAACUGGUGUACAUUCUGAACCGAGAUUAUGGUAUGAGCCCUAUGUUAUUAUAACGAGUAUUACAGUAUUCAUGAUUUAUUUCACCAUAUUACGAGAAGAAAACGAUAUAGAUGAAGAACUAGGAAGAUCAUUAUAUAGCAGAAUUGAGGGUUUAGAAGAAUUUCAACUAAAACAGUCUCUUGCUUAUAAUGAAUCACAUGGUGAGGAUACAAAAGAAAUCAAACAAAGGUUAGCAGAACUUGAAGCUGAGAAAACAAAGACAAAUCAAGACGAUUAAAUGAUAAAUAUUUGAUUAUGUAGGUAUUUAUUGUUUGUAAUAUAAAUGUUAUAUAGAAA